ACCUCAUCAUGUCAAAACCCUAAUGUUUAUAUAACCAAACCCUAAAAUCUCCCCUUCCAGUUUUUCUCUCUAAUCUCCCAAAAUGCCGCCGAAAUUCGAUCCUUCUCAGGUCAUCGACGUCUACGUCCGCGUCACCGGCGGCGAAGUCGGCGCGGCGAGUUCACUCGCUCCCAAAAUCGGGCCCCUCGGUCUCUCCCCAAAGAAAAUAGGUGAAGACAUUGCCAAAGAGACGGCGAAAGACUGGAAAGGCCUCCGUGUCACCGUCAAGCUGACCGUGCAGAACCGCCAGGCCAAAGUCUCCGUGGUGCCGUCGGCGGCGGCUCUGGUAAUCAAAGCUCUGAAAGAGCCUGAACGUGACCGGAAAAAGACUAAGAACAUCAAGCAUACCGGUAACAUUUCGCUGGAUGACGUCAUCGAGAUAGCGAAGAUUAUGAGGCCGAGGUCGAUGGCGAAGGAGCUGACUGGGACUGUGAAGGAGAUUUUAGGGACGUGUGUUUCGGUUGGAUGUACGGUUGAUGGAAAGGAUCCUAAGGAUUUGCAGGAGGAGAUUGACGAUGGCGAUGUCGAGAUUCCGCAAGAUUGAUUUUGAUUAUGAUUUGACUGAUGGUAGUGUUUUUUGCGGUUAUUUUGUUAUCGUUUAGUGUUUUGAUAAUGUAUUAUGAUAUAAUGCUUGGAGUUUCAGGAGAUUGCUACGAUAAUUUAAGCGCCAUAGCUUUGUCAUGUGCUGCAUGAUUAUCGACUCAUUUUGCUAAAGUGAAUGAAUUUCUAUGAAGUUACUUUGCAA